AUGUCCAAACUCUCUUUCUCCCUAGCUAAACCAAAGAAAGACGUUCAGCCCGUUGGAACCGCACCAUCUCUUACCCGUGUUGCCUUGGACGAUGACAACGAGUCGAGCGUGUUGUCUGGUGGUGGGAAUGCUCAGAGGAAGAUGGAUGCUGAGCUCAAGGUCGAUAGUACCGUCUUUCAAUAUGAUGAAGUUUGGGAUGGGAUGAAGCUUGCUGAAGCCAAGGCUAAAGCUCAAAAGGAGGACAAUCCAGAGGCGAGAAAGCCGAAAUACAUGAAAAACUUGCUCGACUCUGCAGCGACUCGCCGUCUAGACCAUUUACGCGCCGAAGAAAAACUCAUGCAGCGAGAACGGGAGGCAGAGGGCGACGAGUUUGCGGACAAGGAAAAGUUUGUCACUCAGGCGUACAAGGAUCAGAUGGCGGAAGUUAGAAGAGCGGAGGCCGAGGAAAAGGCAAGAGAAGGUGCGUCUUCCUCCGCAUCCCCCCUUUCAUUUGACUCCAUGUGGGCUCAACCUGACGAUACGUAUAUAGAGGCCGAACGAAAGAAAAAUAAAGGGCUUGGAGGAGGGAUGACUCAUUUCUACAAGCGGAUGCUCGAGGACUCGUCUCGAUCCCAUGAUGCAGCUGUGGCUGCUACCUCUUCUGACCCCGAUCCGUCCUCGGAAUCAGCAGCAACGGCAGCAACGUCGGCUACUUCAGCACCUGGCCGAAUAGGCCCCGCGCCCGUCGCCAACUUGACAGUCACCCGUCCGGCCCGAGGUCCCAAACCGCUCGAAGUCGCGCCCAACCCGGACGAAGUAUUGAAAUCCGGAGAGACCAGAACAAACGGAGAGACCAAGACGAUGAUCACAGCCGACGGGGCCGACGCUGGGUUGAACCUUUCGGCCCCCAAUACUCGAAAUUUGUCUUUGCUUCGGGCUAUUCAUGGGUCGGGCAGCAAGACGACGGAGGAGCCUGUUGUGGCGCACCGAGCGGCGGGAGUGGCUGCUUCCAAGGAAGAGAUUCGCAAGAGGCAGCAGAGGCAGCUGGAGGCUCAGUUGGAAGAGGAGAGGAAGAGGGUUAGAGAUGAGCAGGAGAGGGAAGAGAGGGAAGAGCGAGAGAGGGUCGUUAGGAGGCGAAAUGACGAGAGCGCGGUGAAUGACGCAAAGGAGAGGUACUUGGCCAGGAAACGGCGAAAACUGGAGGAGGAGCAACAACAAGAACAGCAGGAGAGCUAA